GAGAGAGUCUUGAUUUAUUUUACAGUACACAACUUGCUAAUAACAGGAGCUGUUCAACACUGAACCAGUUGAAAAUGAUUCUCAACCUGCUCUAUUUCCUCGGAUUGCUCAUCUGCAGCAGUCAAGCUGUUCUUCAAGUGACGAUUUCACUGAGCAAAGUAGAGCUGAGUGUGGGGGAAUCCAAAUUCUUCACCUGCACAGCAAUUGGAGAGCCAGUCAGUAUAGAGUGGUUCAAUCCGCAGGGGGACAGGAUUGUAUCCUCACAGCGCAUGGUCCUGCAGACCGAGUCCAUUCGCUCCCGACUCACCAUCUACAACGCCAAUGUGGAGGAUGCCGGUAUAUACCGAUGCCAAGCAGCUAACGCCAAGGGGCAGACACAGGAAGCCACGGUGGUUCUGGAAAUCUAUCAGAAGCUGACGUUCCGUGAUGUGAAGACGCCCCAGGAGUUCCGUCAGGGGGAGGAUGCUGAAAUUGUCUGCAAUGUGAUCAGCUCCCCUGUGCCUAUUGUAACCUGGAUCUAUAACAACAGAGAAAUCACUGCAAUGACAGACGAUCGGUUGGUAAUGCUCCCUAAUGGUAACAUGCAGAUCCAAAAGGUGGACAAGAGCGACGAGGGGGUUUACCGCUGUGAGGCCCGGGUGGAGGCUCGGGGGGAGAUCGACUUCAGGGACAUCAGAGUCAUCGUCAACGUCCCUCCAGUUCUCACCGUGCCUCAGAAUUCCUUUAACGCAACCGCAGAUCGACAGGAGUCAGUGUCUUUUAUCUGCACAGCUUCUGGGUCCCCUGAGCCCGCCAUCACCUGGUACAGGAAUGGUAGGCUGAUUGAGGAGACUGACCAGUACUUCCUGAAGGGGAGGAGCACACAGCUGACUGUGUACAAUAUCAAGCAGUCCGACGGAGGGUCCUAUUCCUGCAGGGCCACAAACAAAGCUGGUACUGAGGAGAAGGAGUUGCUUCUAAAAGUGUUCGUUCAGCCCCACAUCACCGAGCUGAAGAACGUGAGCGUAGUGGAGGGCAGCCAGACCCAGAUCUCCUGCACAGCGGAGGGGGAACCAGUCCCAGAGAUAUCCUGGAGGAGGCCGAGCAGUGGGCAAACCUUUGCAGAUGGAGACAAGAGCCUGGAUGGCCGGAUGCAGGUGUGGGGACAGAUUGGCACGUCAGCGUUGACCAUCACAGGAGUUGAGCUGUCCGACUCAGGCUGGUUCAACUGCGAGGCAGCGAGCAGGAUCGGCGGGCACCAGAAGGGCAUGUACCUGGAGAUUGAAUAUGCACCAAAGUUUCGGUCCAAUCAAACAAUAUAUUAUUCCUGGGAGGGGAACCCUAUCAAUGUCAGCUGUGAUGUCAUCGCCAACCCCCUGGCCUUCAUUGAGUGGAGACGGAACAAGCAGGUCCUGAGAACUGAGAGCUCUGGCAAUAUCAGGAUAUACAGCACAGAGGGUCGAGCCCUCCUAGAGAUCACUCCAAUGUCCGAUAAGGAUUUUGGCCAGUAUGACUGCACAGCUGAAAACACCAUAGGGAGGAGAUCCCAGGAGUAUAUUCUGGCACAGGCUGAUGUGCCCUCAAACCCCUAUGCUGUGAGGCUGAGCUCAGUGUCCCAGGCAAUGGCGACAAUCUCCUUCACAAAGCCAGACUCGCAUGGUGGCGUCCCCAUCAACUACUACCAGGUGGACUUCAAGGAGAGCGUCUCCGAAGACUGGAAAAUAGUGCGAUCUCACGGGAUUCUGACUAUGGUUCUGCUGGCUAACCUGGAGCCCAACACAACCUAUGAUGUCAGAGUGGCAGCUGUGAAUGGCAAAGGCCGGGGGGAGUACAGCAGAAUAGAGAGUUUCCAGACGCUACCAGUCCGGGAGCCCAGUCCCCCGAAAGUGCACGGCCAGAGUGGAAGAGGGAAAGCCUUCCAGCUCAGCAUCACCAAGCAGGACGAUGGUGGAGCACCAAUCCUGGAGUACAUCGUCAAGUACAGGAGUAAAGAUAAAGAUGACCAGUGGAUAAAGAAGACAGUCACUGGUGCCAAAGACCAAAUCAUCCUGCAGCAGUUACAGUGGAACACUGAAUAUGAAGUUGAGAUUACUGCACUAAACAAGUUGGGUCCCUCAGAGCCAGCAGUCUACCAGUUCACCAUGCCACAGAAGUCAGAUAUUACAGACACCCUGUUCAGCGGUCUGGGUCUGGGGGCGGUGGUGGGGCUGGCCGUGGCAGCCCUGCUCCUUGUCCUGGGGCUUGUGGAUGUCAGCUGUUUCUUCCUGAAGCAAUGCGGCCUGUUGAUGUGCAUCACCCGGAGGUUCUGCGGGAAGAAAACAGCCACCAGCAACAAGAGCAAAGACCUGGAGGAAGGCAAAGCAGCGUACCUGAAGGAUGGGUCGAAGGAUCCCAUUGUUGAGAUGCGAGCGGAAGAGGAGAGAAUAACUAACCCUGAUGAUGGGAGCCCUGUAAACGAACCAAAUGAGACCACACCACUUACAGAGCCAGAGAAGUUGCCACUGAAAGAAGAGAACGGCAAAGAAGCUCUGUCACCCAACGCCAUUGAGGUCAAAGUUCAUGGUGACAACAGCAUCCAGACAAACGAAGAGGACAGCAAAGCAUAAUGGAAAACCCUGAAUUACAAUAACAUUUGUAGCAAGCAACCCUGUGACCAAAACCAAUUAAAAAAGGGGAAAAAAAAAUAAAAUAACACAUGUGAGAUGAACUGUAAGAUUGGGUAACUGAGUCAAUGUGUAAAUAUAGAUGGAGAAAUCCCACUGAGUCUAGUUUUGUGAUAAUCAGUAAUAUCCUGUGGAGAUGCCACUGGUCCGAAGUGACGGUUGUACAGUAAUGGUUUUUAGGUCCUGCCUGCCUGCUUUUGAUUCUUAAUUUCUCUUUUACAUUAAUAAGAUGCAUCCAGUUCCAGCUGAUCCAGGAGUACCAAGAUGAAGUUCUCCAUCAUUCUGAGUAGCAAGCUUUGUCAUGAACCAGUUCCUUUUUGUUGGCGCUGGUGGGACUGGGUUUUUUACAGUGGUUAGCCUGGGCAAUGUUUCCAUGCCUCACAUGAGGGCGGUUCUACACCAGACAUGUCUCACUCCAUGGGUCAUGAUGUUGGAAUGAUGUAUGGGUGUUGCACAUUUUAAUUGUGGUCUUUGGCCUUCUGGUACUUAUUUAUUUUAUUGUGACAUUUAUUUUAUCAGGCAGCAGCUUUAUAAUAUGUGUUCCACUGCUGAUUAGUAUUUGACAGAUUGUCACACCUACCUUGAUGUUAUGAGUGUAGCAGUUUCUGCGUACAAAUCAUCCCCCAACUCCCAACACCCAGAUAUACAUUUACAUCUAGUGUUACACAGCACACUAGCAAAAAAAGGAUGUGAAACAGCUAUUGAGAGUCAACACUAGUUCAAUUAGAGAAAUCAGGAGCUGGAGGCCUGGCAGCUUGGAGAUUAUACAUUUCAAAUGCUGUGUUACUGUUCACAACACAGGGAUUACACUAGUGCCUCAUCUCCAUCAGUGUUACCAUGUUGUUAUAAAUUUCUUAAAAAUGUGUACGAGAUAGAGGUGAUACAAGUGUUACAGAAAUGUGUAUGGCAUAUUCUACUGCCAAAUAGUUUUUCAAGCUUCUAAUCUGAGUAUUGACUAAUAUCAUAAUAUGUAUUCUUUCCAAGACUGACAACUUCUAACCCUACCUCUAGAUGAAAACAGAAUUAUUAUUAUUAUUAU